AAGAAACGUUCCGAACAGCUUUAUUGCUGCAAGUCAGACAUCCGAAUCGGGAAAUCCGCAGGGAAAGCGGCGCUGUCCGCAUCAUGCCACCUUCUGGCAAACCCCACUACACCAUGCAAUUCAGAUCAGGCACAGGAACCUCAAAUCUACACAGUAACUUAUACCAGGUCCGUACAGCUCCACCUUCAAGAUCCGUAAGUUCGAGAAGACAUAGAAAGCUGGGGUAUAUACUUCGGCAUUGUUCACUUCCGAGCCCCUCGGGAUUAAAUACCCCGAACGCAAGCACCAACAACUCGGGUCAAUUCAGCCCUUCGACAACGCAUCUUUGUAUUCUCGUAUGUUAUUUUGGUUUUGUAUUUGGUCUUACAUGUUUCAAUUUCAUCUUCUAUAUUCCCUAGUGUUCAAGUAAUGGCGGUGGCAAAGGCAAAGGUUGCUCGCCUCCACCCAGGUUCCGGGAGGGUCGGCGAUGUUGCGCCUACUAUUGGGCAG